AUGGUUCAAUGUUAUUGUUGUAAUAGGUUUGGCCACUUUGCUAAAGACUGUUGGUCAAACAAGGAAAGGAAGUCAGAAGAAGCAAACAUAGCCAGAGGAGAUUCAGAUGAUGAGCAUGUGCUAUUGAUGGCUUAUGAAUAUGAUGAUGAUGAACCUAUGCAAUUGACGAUUUCUAAUUCUGGAGGAGACUUUGAAUAUGAUUCAGAGUCAGAAGAUGACUCUGAAUAUAAAGUCGAGUCUGAUUCUGAAUAUGAGUCAAAAUUGAAAGAUGAGUCAGAAUAUGAAGGUUCUGAAGAUGAGUCAGAAUCUGAAGGUUUUAAAGAAGAGUAUGAAUCUGAGGGUUCUGAAGCUGAAGGUGAGUCAGAAGAUGUCUUUGAAGCUGAAGGAGAAGUUUCCUCUGAAGAGGAUUCUGCCUCUGAAGGUGAGUCAGAAUCAGAAAAUAAGUCUGAAGGUGACUCUGAAGAUGAAGAAGACUCUAAAGGCGAGUCUGACUCUGAAGGUGAAUCUGAUUCUUAUCUAGAUUCUGAUGAUGAUCCAGAAUCUGGAGGUAAUCUAAUCUAUGGAAAUAGAGCUUAUGGAGGCGGAACUUCUAAAGGGAAAACUUUUGAAGAUAUUGAUUCUGAUUCCGAAGAUGAGUUAGAGCCUGAAAAUGAUUCUGAGAGUGAGUCAGAAUCAGAAGGCGAGAUUGAUUAUGAGGAAGAAUCUGAUUUUGAUCCAGAUUCUGAUGGUGACUCAGAUUCUAGUGGUAGUCCAGAUUCUUGGAAUAUUCUAGAUUUUGAAGGUGGCCAUGCUUAUGAAGUCGGUACUUCUGAAGUUUCAGCAUCUGAUACUGUUCUAGGAUCAGAAGAUUCUAAACAAUUGGUAGGUUCUCUGAGGUAUUUGUGUAAUACCAGACCUGAUAUUUACUAUGCAGUUGGAAUGAUGAGUAUAUUUGUAAGUAAAUUGAAGUGGUCUCAUUACCAAGAUGCUGUUAGAAUUCUGAGGUAUAUAAAGGGAACUCUGAAGUAUGGAGUUUUGUUCCCUUCUGAUGCUGAAAUUGACUCAGAACUUAUGAGUUUCUCAGACUCUGAUUGGUGUGGACACAGAGUUGACAGAAGAAGAUCUAAAGAUCAAAGUAAACAAGCCUCUGAAGCUGAUGAUUGA